AUGAUUGGCUAUGGUGUGGCCAACAUAGUUGCGCCACAGAUGUGGACUACGGGGCCAAGAUACUACGCAGCCUGGAUAGUUCAGUUGGUCGUUGCAUGGUUUUUCAGUUCUGUGCUUCUGAUAUGGAUAAGAGUAAUUCUUUCGCGCAGAAACAAGAAGAGAUUAGCUAAACUGGAGUUUGAUGACGACGGAAAUAUAAUCAGCAAGAAAAAUGCCUUCGUUGAGGAUGGAGGAGACGAUCGCAGAAAGGUUGACGUUUCGAUGCUGGAUCUAACAGACCUGGAAAAUGAAGAGUUUAUAUAUCCUCUAUAG